AUGCUCGACCCUCUUCCCCCACCUCCAUCAUGGCUUCAAAACGCCGUCGAACCCUGGGCCCUCUACUUCAAUCUCCCCACGAUAACCGACCACAUCCAUGAAGUCAUCCUCGCCUUCGUCUUCUACCAAUUCAUUCAUUCCUACCUCUCCCCAUGGCUCUCCCCGGUCCUCUUCCCGCAGCACUACCCGAACUUCAACAAACGCACCAAGCUGAACUGGGACGUGCAUGUGGUGUCGUUUGUACAGAGCACAGUGGUCUGCGCUGCUGCCUUAUGGGUGCUAUUUACGGAUAAGGAGCGGAAGGAGAUGGGUGUUCUGGAGCGGGUUUAUGGGUAUACCGGGGCGUGUGGAUUGAUCCAGGCGCUUGCUACGGGAUACUUCAUUUACGAUUUGUAUGUCAGUGUGAUUUAUGUGAAAAUGUUUGGGCUGGGGAUGGUGUUUCAUGGUGUUUCUGCAUUGUGGGUUUUUGCGCUUGGUUUUAGACCAUUCGUUAAUUUCUACACCCCCGUCUUCAUCCUCUACGAACUCUCCAGCCCCUUCCUGAACAUGCACUGGUUCUUUGACAAGGUCAACAUGACCGGCAGCAAAGCCCAAUGGUACAACGGCAUGGCUCUGCUCUCCGUCUUCUUCUCCUGCCGUCUUGUCUGGGGAACCUGGCGCUCCGUCCACGUCUACAGCGACAUGUGGCAAGCCCUAAGCCAGACGUGGUCCGCGACUGCCUCGUCCGCGUCGACCUUGGACCCCGUUAACAUCAGCGCGAACGUGUUCAAAAUUCGUGAUGGCAACCUCUGCGUCGACGAGGCUUGUGCGAAGGCACAGGCGGAGAUCUCGAAGUACUCGCAUUACACUGCCGCGGGAACGCCCACUUGGCUUGUCGUGACGUAUAUCCUGUCAAACAUUGUGCUCAACUCGUUGAACUAUUACUGGUUCUCGAAGAUGAUUGAGACCGUUCUCAAGCGGUUCCGGGGUCCUGCUGCUGCUCCUACGAAGAAAGAAGAGAAAGAGGGUGUUAAGGAGGAGGAGGAGAAGGACGUUGUGCUUGAUGCGGCGGCGAAGCUUGAACAGGAGCACGAUGGUCUGUUUCUUGCUGAGGACCAGAAGGCUUCCGUACUCAACAGUAGUACUCCUAAUCUCGUUGAGGAUUUGAGGAAGAGGAAGGUUGCUGCGAUUCCUAGUUAG